AUGGAUCCCAAUCAGUCUAACGUCUUGAACAGUGUCAUCCACCCUUCCAACCCCAGUAGCACUUUUUUCACCUGCAAUACAUGUCUUAUCAAGUUCAUUUCAAGCGACUUGCAAAAGCUCCAUAUGAAGUCUGAGUGGCAUAGGUACAACUUGAAAAGAAGAAUAGCCAACUUACCCUCGAUUUCUCAGGAGACCUUUAUCACAAAAUUCAAUAUCAAUAGUUAUACUAGUUACUCCAAAUAUUUGAAUAAUAAAUCAAACCAGUAUGAAGACGAGUACGGUUUUAUAUUGUAUAGCAAAAAGAAAUCAGGCAAUAAUAAACAAAUAACUAAGAAAGAAAUGAAAAAACAAUCAAAAUUGGUAAAUUCAAGAGGCAGACUUUUGGCUAAUAAUCAUUUCAAUAAUACUAUGAACAACAACAUUUCAGUAAUAAGAGACUCAACUCCCACAAAUACUGUUGUUUCUGAAUUUUCUGCUUUUUCUUUGUCUGAUAACCAUCAUCGCCUUGAAAUCAACAACCACAAUCAAACUGAUUCAAAUUUCGACUCAAAUUUUGAUUCUGAUUCUGAUUCUGAUUCUGAUUCCGAUUUUAAGCAAAACUCUCAAAUUGAACUAAUUCCAAUAAAUGAUUGUCUUUAUUGUGGUAAAACUUUUGAUAAUUUAGGUUCAAAUUAUAAUCAUAUGUUCAAAAACCAUGGCUUAUUUAUACCAAAUUUGGAAAAUUUAAAAAAUCUAGAAAAUUUGAUUUAUUUUUUAAGCCAAAUAAUUUCAAUUGAAAAAGAAUGUUUAAUUUGUGGAUUUGUUGGUAAAAAUCUAUUUAGCAUUAGAUCUCAUAUGAAAGACAAAUCUCAUUGUUAUUUUCCUUAUGAUUCAAAGUAUGAUCGUCAACUAUUUGCUCCAUUUUAUAAUAAUGAAAGCAGCAAUGAUGAUGACAAUGAAACUGACAACAGUAAUGGCAAUGGCAAUAGUAAUAAUAAUGUCAGUAAUGAUAGUACUGAUAAUAACAAUGAAAAUAAAAAUGAUAAUGAUAGCGAAUUAAAUUUUGAUGAAAUUGAAGAUGACAACAAUUCUCUAUCUUUUUUAGAUCAAACUGGGACUCAAUUGACUUUACCAAAUGGAUCCAAAAUUGGACAUCGUUCAAUGGCUAGAUAUUACAAACAAAAUUCGACCUCUCGUUCAAGAAAUUCUAAUGAUGAUGUCAGGACUCUUGUACUAGCUGAUAGCCGUUUAACAAUCAACAACUCCGACAGAUUUACUGAUAUAAAUAGAAUAAAUUAUUUGAAAGAGACCAGUAAGGAAAAUUAUAUUUGUGAGAAUAGAAAUUUAAGAAACCAGUUUAAUAAUUUGAAAAAUCUCAAUAAUAAGAAACAUUUUAGAGAUAAGAUUUUAGGUAGUUGA